CAAAUAAAGGCGUCCUGCAGAGAUUUGUUUUUAGCUUAGCUGGAGCACACGAGUGUAAUCGUAACUGAGGUAUAACGACAAGUUUUUAUUUUUUUUCCCCUCCGAAAACAUUUUUCCCCAACACAUCCUGCAAAGUACCACCUAUCUUGUAAGAUUAACCUGACGCAGAGUCAUGCCAUUGCACCGUGACCGGGAGAAAAAGGAGAGUACAGCUGAGGAGAUGGAGGCGGAGGAACAUGAGCAGGAGGCAUCAAGCUCAGAGGAGGAGGACUCUGACACUUCCUCUGUCUCUGAGGAUGGAGACAGCUCAGAAAUGGAUGAGGAGGACUGUGAGCGGAGAAGAAUGGAGUGUCUGGAUGAAAUGUGCAACUUGGAGAAGCAAUUCACUGAUCUCAAAGACCAGUUGUAUCGUGAGCGUCUCAGUCAGGUUAACAGCAAGCUGGCAGAGGUGGAGGCUGGCCGGGCGGCAGAAUAUCUGGAGCCUCUGGCAGUACUGCUGGAGAACAUGCAGGUCCGCACCAAGGUGGCAGGUAUCUACAGAGAGUUGUGUUUGGAGUCUGUGAAGAACAAGUACGACUGUGAGAUCCAGGCAGCAUGUCAACACUGGGAGAGUGAGAAGCUGCUGCUGUUUGAUACAGUGCAGAAUGAGCUGGAGGAGAAAAUCCGAAGACUAGAGGAGGACAGGCACAGCAUUGAUAUUACAUCAGAGCUGUGGAAUGAUGAGCUGUCAGGAAGGAAGAAGAGGCGAGAUGCUUUAAGUCCAGAUAAGAAGAGGAGACGCCCGUCGGUGGUGUCUGGUCCAUAUAUUGUCUACAUGCUACCAGAUCUGGACAUCCUAGAGGACUGGACCGCGAUCAGGAAGGCUCUUGCUUGUGAGCCAUCUUUUCAUAAUGUGACAUGUGGCACAUCUGGAAUCCUCAUCAGUUUUCACCUUGAGAAAUUGAAGCAACAACUGUCUACAAAGCCGUGGCUACGCUCGGGCCUCACAGAGGGAGAUCUGACUCUGAGAGCUCUGCGUUCCCAUUCAGACCUGACAGAAGCAGGCCCAUUCUAAACUGCUGAGACACCCACACAAGCAGCCGCAUAGGAAAAAACACCUCAAGGACCUCCAACACGGAAACCUCUACAUGACACAUGGUGGCAUUCAGGUCUGCAGUCAUAAAAACGCACACAGCAGGACAUUUCUCAGUCUUCACAGAAUCCUCUGCACUUCUCAGCUGACAGUGAUUCCACCUGUCUGUGAGAUGAUUGGUCAAGCUGCCUCUCCUGCCAACCAUCAAGACUUUAAUAGAUAAACAGGAACGGAAGCAUUAUUGAUCACCGCUCGUAUGUUUGGGUAUUGCUGCUUUAUUUCACACUCAGGCUCUGUAGACGGUUUCAGCCGACACAGAUUUUUGUAGUUUAAGAAAACCACAACAAUUAAAACAAACAUCUCAUGUUAAAUGUUAUGAAAACGGCUCAGCGCGUAAAAGCCAUUGAUGCUACAGCUUAAGCAUCACUGAACCUGUUCCUUCAAAAUGCUUUUCAGUCAGUGUUUAGAUUUUGAAUACAUCCAUUCACUUUCGGAUGCACAGAUGGCCUUCAUUAAAAAUUUAAAUGCUUCUCAAAGGUCGUAUUCGGUGAGGUUGGUGUCCUCGCUCCACAUUGUGGUUGCCUUGAGUGAGUUAAUUGGUGAGCUUAUGCUGGUAAAAUGGGCGGGAGUAUGAAAAUGAGUCAUUUGUUUAAGCAAACAUUUCAGCCGAGCAUCAAAUUCACAUUAAGUCUGACUUUUUACAGCUUGCAAACUCUGUGUCGAUUAUUGGUUGGUAAAGAAAUCAAUCGUUCUGUGCUCAACAAGGUCAAGGACUUGGUUUGACUUCAGAUUCACCAUGUGUUUUGCUGUAGGUUUUCAAAUUUCAGGCUUCCAGUGACUAAGUGGGGGGAGAAUACAAGUUCAUCAAUGAUGCCAUAAAAUAUAUGGGUUUUUUUGUUUGUCUGUUUUUUGGCCUUUAAUACAGCUGACUUACAAAGACUUUUUGUCAUUAGUGUAAGAGUAAAAACAAGCAUUUUUCUUUUCAGUCUGCCUUGUUCAUACAGUACAGUGUUUAUGGACAGUCAAGGCACAUUCCUCUGGCUUGUAGUGAUGGAAUGCUAAAACAGCGGUCUCUGUAAUGUGCUGAAAGAAUUAUCCACCAAUACCAGAUCUUACUUUGAAGGAAGUGAGCCAGAUCUGUGCUGAGACUGACCAGAAAGUUUCAUUAAAUUCUGUUUGGUUAUUUUAGCAUAAUCCAGUGGAUAUAAAGAACAGAAGGUGGACUAUUUUAAGUGAGGGCUAAAUGUAAUGUAUAAACAGCACAUGAAAAGUUAAAGUGCUAAUGUUGUCAUUCUGCAGGUGUUGCAUCCUCUUCUCUCACAUCUACCUCUUUUCUCUCUCUCAUGCUCUUCAAAGUACAGUUCACAUUUUUCCUCAUGAACGUGUAAAUGCUGGCAUCUUUAUGAACACCAUUAGGUAACUUAGUGGUUGGCACGGUUGUUCAAAUUUGUUGGCAUUGUUUCGUUGUUAUAAAGCCUGCAGAAAUGUUAAUUGUACGUGGGGGGGAGUUAAACCACCAAAAUCCUUUAAUCAGUCAUCUCACGGUUGAUGAUGAAACAAAACUGCCAUUUGAUAGCAUCGUUUUUUAUGUUUAGGUUCUGGGGAUGUAAUAUUCAAAAGUUUGGACAAUAGGUUUUCACUUGCCCUUUUCUUGUUUAUCAUGUUGAUGAUUUUACAAUUAAAAGUUGUUUUAUAAACGUG